AGCUGACCUGUUUGCUCACUGACUAUGACUUCCUUUUAGAUACACUCUAUGUAAUGCACACAGACAGAAACACAACCUGCUAUGCAUGCAAUAAUCUAUUCAAACUCAACCUCUCUCACCCUACCCCUCUCCCAGACACAUCCACACAUCGUUCAGCUUCGUUAAUGUGUUACACCAUGUUUGAUCUUUCUCCAGACUCCACCUGAUCACCUCACUUCUGUCGUACUCUGACCUCACCUGGUUUUUAUUUGUUGUACAGAGGAGACUUUCACCAGGAUCGCACCUGGAGGAGCUCUGCAAUUCAAAUAGGAGUCCACACUGAAAAGGCUUAGUGAAAAAAAAAACCGUCUCAAAUGUCAGAUGACUGAAAAUAGUCACCUUAGCAGCAGUUCAUACAAAGUUGCUCACUGAGGUUUUCCCUGUAAAAGCUGAACAAGCCCUAUCACGUCAGGGAAGUUUGUCAGGGUGUGCAGGUAUUAGGCGCAGUCUGCUUCCCUAACACAGACAAGUGGGCAUGUGUAGGAUUUACUCAUCAAAACAGAUGGCAGCAAACCACAAUUUCACCACAUUCUGAGGCUUCACACCAAUAACAGGACAGAAAAGGGGCUUUUAAGGAUUUAUAAAGACUUCCAAGUCCAUUUCAACCACAUCUGCCACGAUGCCACUGAGAACAUCCUUGUACAGAAAGCCAUCGUCUGGUCGUUGGCCAAGUAGGAACUCUAAGCGCAGAGAGGUGCUGUCAGUCAACAUGAUCAGCUUGCCACUGGCUGACUUCCGUCACAUCACACAUAUUGGAAAUGAUGCCCACACAGACAGCUUUGGAGACCUGUCCUUCCUCAAGAUGGGCCAUAGCCUGCUGCUGCAAAGCUCCCAGAGUGAACAGAACCUCUUCUUGGCUUGUUCCCCACCUCCAAAGCCUCCUCGUCUGAACCUGGAUGACGCCGACGGUUCAGAGAGCCCUGAGUGGGCCUCCCAGAAGAGGAAGAAAUGCAGCUCUUUGCCACUGCUUGACAGUGAUGAAGGAGAUGUAGAGAUGGAAAAGGAGGAAGGCUACCAAAAGGGAAAUAAUGUUCCCUCACACAGCUCUGGACGGGACAGCCUCAGUUUAGACAGGGAGAGUGACGCCACAGAAACCUGCGAUAAAACUGUUGGACAAAAGGAAGAGGACAGUGGAUUUUCCUUUAGCCUUGACUUGGGCCCUUCCAUCUUGGAUGAUGUUCUACAAGUGAUGGACAAGCUCCACAAUUAGACAGGAUAGUGGCUAAGCAAUAUAGACAGAGUACGGGAUAUGACGAACUCAAAUACUGCUGAACUGAUUUUGUGGACAAACCAAUAUCCUACAGUAAAACUUUUUUCCAGUGCAUCUACUAAACGGUACCACUGUACUAAGCUGUAACCUGUAAAAACACAACAAGCACCUAUGAUAGAAGGUAAAUCUCUAUUCUGUCUGCUCUGUUCUAAAAAGAGUAGAAUGUCGUGGCUAUUUUCACUAUUAAUGUGUACACUGUGACUUUGUGAAAUAGAUAAUCACAACACACCACCAGGAUGAGCAGCUUAAGCUUUUAUGGAAAACAAAAUUUGUGUCCGUAAGAACAGACUAUGAUCACUUUGUUGUCCACUUGUUUAAAGUAAACAAUGAUCUGUUUGUAAGGCUAUCAAAAAGGCGCAAUUAAGUUAAUGUUCUCCUUAGAUUUACCUUUUCAGAGGUUGAGCUACUACUUUUAAGUUAAUAAUUGAGCUUUGUCGAAUUCCAAGUUGGGCAUUUUCACCUUCUUUUACUUUUCUGCUUUGCUAUUGUAAUCCCCCAAGCCACACGAUACAGCACUGAAGACGGCUGUUACAACUUAAGAGUGCUGUGUUUAAGAAAAGAAAAGCUGCGGCUUGAAUCCAAGGUCCUCAAGCUGUGAUGUCUUGGCUCUUGGCGUGCUUGCCAAUCUAUUGUGUGCAGAGGGCAAUUUUUCCUCUGCACGCAUCCCAGAGGCCCUACUCAAAGGUAGACCAAGGUACCCCCCAUCUCUCAUUCCCAACAAUACAGUGAAAACAAACACUUAGUUCUGCUUCCAAUAAAAGCCAUGCCUGUAGUGGCAGUUUGGGCUGCAGACCAAGCCAGGCCACAAGUCCAAGACCUCAGAACAUGAAAAAAAAAAAUGCCAGAGCAGGCUGUUUUCUUAGCUGCGAAUCAGAGUCCAAUGUUCUGGUGAGUU